CCUCACUCCGCCACUCUCAUCAUCCCCCACCCCCUCCUCGCCAUCAGCUCCUCCUCGCCUCCAUCUCUUCUCUCUUCGCCCUCAUCUUGUCUCCGCCCUUGCCUUUGACUACGCUCACAAGUGACUGCACGGGACGCCUGUGCUUUUCUUCCUUCCAUCCCACCAACCCCCCAUACCUAAUCCGCUACCAUGUCCCUCCGCGCCGCCCUCCGCUACUUCGCCACGCGCAACGCCGGCGCAUCCUCCCUCCGCGCUGCAUCGACGGCUGCCGCUGCCGCCCCAACCCCUCCCACUGAAGCCGAGGAGCUCCCAUCAAUGGAGUCGAUGCGCACCAAGGCGCGCCGCGUAUACAAGGAGCUCCACCGUCUCGGCCGUGACUACCCCGACCCCGAGUACAACUUCAACAUGCGCCUCCGCCGCGCAUUCGAGAAAAACGCCAACAUUACCGACCCCGUCAAGCUCAAGCAGCAGCUCGACCUCGCCGAGCACAUCAAGAAGGAGAUUCUCGCAAUGUACUCGAUCCGCAAGUACCGCCAUCUGCGCCGGGCGUACCACCCGAACGAGGCGCCGCGCGAGUUCCACGAGGAUUUCGCGCUGCCCGACGACAAGCGGGCGUGAUCGCCCGCGACCAGACGCUCUGAACUCGAGCACGCUGAGCCGGCAGAGCCGCUCAGCCCUGCGCGCCGACGCGCGCCCGUCUGAUCUCCAGAUCUAACUGUACCGUACCAUGCCACGAAUAGAUAACGCAGCCAGAACGACUCGGUAAUCCGUAACAUUGAUCUAUAUCUGGUAUACAUGCGGGGUAUGGCG